GACACAUCGUAUCAACGAUCCUUGUCUAACUGCUGAGACGAUGCAUUUUAUAAACAUCUACAAUUCUUUCAAAAUUUUUCAAACGUAAUUUACAACUUUAUUCACCUCCAAACGAGAUAAAAAUCAUGCUCGUCCUAUUACUUAUUGUAUUUGUCUUAAAUGUUGCGUCGAGUUUUCGUGGACCUCAUCAUCCCAGAAGCAGUAUUUCUCAUCACCAUUAUACUCCUCAAGGCCACGUGAAACUAACACAAGAUGAGGAACUUCUUCAUGAUACUAUGCAUAUAAAAGAAGAUUUGGGAGCAUUGGGAAAUCAAAUAGAUAUUUCAAAGAUGUCAGAACAAGAACUGGAAUUUCAUUAUUUUAGGCUUCAUGAUAUUGAUAAUAAUACAAAAUUAGAUGGUUUGGAGAUGUUACAUGCUAUUCGACACACCCUCCACGACAAUGACGAAGAUGCUAAUGAAUAUUAUUUAGAUGACGAUGAUUUGUAUUGGAUAGUAGAACUCAUUGACAAAGUACUUGAAGAAGAUGAUUUGGAUAAUGAUGGAUACUUAGGGUAUGUUGAAUUCGUACAUAGCAGAAAAAGGGAUCAACAUAGCAAUAGUAAAAAUAUUUGGUAA